AUGGCUGAAGAUACGCUCAAGGGAGGACCUAAAGGUCGCCGGAGCCAUCCCAUCAGUGAAACCUCAUUUGAAGCAUUUUAUGAUGGCUCAUGGCAUGGAGUUAAUUGUAUAAGGGUCAGGGAUGGUGGUCUGUUCGUUAAAUUUAUCUACUCUGGUUCCACAGUCGAGCAUAAUGUGGAUGGGGAUCAUCUGCGCCUACGUUCCAGAAGGGCUACGUACUUUGACUGCUCACAUGUUCUCAAGCCGGGUGUUGAUAUCUGUGUACAAUCGUCUCAUCAACUGCAAGGAAGUGCGACUGGGGAAAUGAAAUCUUCGAUGUUACUGUGUCAUGAUGCAAGGCUCAUCACAAUCAAGAGAAAUCAUAUUGAAGAUCAGUGUCUCUGCUUGUUUGUUAUUAUGCUCUACAAGAACCAAUGUCCUGACAAUACAGAAAAUGGACAAGUGAUAUCUGAUAGAAGAGAGCAGCUGGUGACCCUAAACAAUAUCUUCCUCUUGCAAAAGCUCCAACCUAAGGAGCUCCAUGAGGGAAGCGUACAAUGGAGUUGUGCAGAGGACUGCCUUUCUCACAACAGAAGCAAGCUGUUAAGUGCAAGAUUCUCCCAAGAAAUUGCACAUCUCGUAGUUUUGUCUAUCCUGAAUGGAAUGGAGUUCAGCAUCAAGUUGGUAGAAGGAAACAUCAUCUACAGAAUCAUCAAAGGAGGCCGAGCGCGUUGCAAUAUUGAUUCCAUCAGCACACCUCCAGGCUUUGGCAACAGCAUGGAGAUAGUUUCAUUCCAACUACGCAAUGAGGCUUUAUGCCCAAUUAUCAGGAAUAUCCCUGUCACUCAUGCAAAGAAGCACAAUCUCACAGAAGGCAUGAGAUUCACUAUGAAGGCUGAAUUGGAUGGUCAAUUGGAAGACAGGAGAUUUACGGUCAAGACUGAGUUGGAUGGUCUAUUGGAUGUUUUCUCGUAUGAACAAGUGGAUUUGAGGCGCUCAAAGCGUCGGAAAACUCAAGCAGAGCGCUUUACUAGCUAUGAUACGCCUAAUUUUGGUCGUGACAGGUGGAAGAGACGUGAUACGCCUUCCACCAAGCAUGGCAAUUCACAAAGAGCUUUGCGUCGGGAUUCACCGGUUAAAGUAGAAUCAACCUAUGCAGAGGUCCCAGUGAAUAUCACACGGAAACAAACAAGUGCAACCGUUUUCAUGGUCAAGGAAAACCCAAACACCACAGAAGGGAAGCACAAGAGCACAGCAAGGAUAACUCCUGUUAAGGAAAAACCCAGCUCUGUGGAAGUUAAGGAGGAGAGUACAGUUGAAGAAAGAUCUCCGGGUCCUCAUGUUCCACGGACACCUGCAAAGAGUAAGGAGAAGAAUCUUCGCCCCCCUUUAUCUCUUCGGCGGAAGUCAUUUACUUCAUCACGCAGCCUAAAUGGCAAUUCUGAGCCAGCAUUUGGUCGUAAAAGGAAGGAACACAUGUGCGAAAGAGAAUACAAGAAAAUGAUAAACCAAUGCAUAGGAAACAUCCAGAGUGAAAUGGAGAGGGACUUUGAGUUCAAUCUAGGUGCUCCGAUGAUGAAUUACGGUCAAGAUUUUUACGGAGAAGUGAAUUUUACAUGGCCAGCUUCUGCUGAUAAUGACAGUCAAGAAGAGAAAGAUGGUCUUGAGGAAUUUUGGAAAGAAAUGGACCACUCAUUGACCACACUAGCGCUUGAGAAAAAUCAGGACUCACAUUCAGAAGCAGUUCAUCAAACCACUGCCGGUUUAGGUAAAAGUGAAGAAAAUCCAUGUGAUCAUGACUGCAUGCUGGACGAGGGGCUUGGACUGGUGUGCAGAUUAUGCAAUGUUGUAUGUGUGGAGAUAAAGCAUAUCUUUCCGCAAAUGGCCAAUGGUAAUGGCUAUAACAAGGAGAGACCUGGAUGCCGCAAUUUGGAUCAUGAUGAUCUUGUGCUUGAUCCUUCUCUUCUUGCAAUCUUGGGACCAGAGUUUUCAGAACUGAGGGGCUCCGGGAACCUGUGGGGUUUAAUACCAGAUCUUGAGCCUAAACUACUUCCUCACCAAAGGAAUGCAUUUGAAUUCAUUUGGAAGAACUUGGCGGGAUCGCUGCAACUUGAGGAAAUGUAUAAUCCAACAGCCAGUACCGGUGGCUGUGUGGUUGCACAUACUCCUGGAUCAGGAAAAACUCUGCUGCUGAUCUCAUUUCUUGUCAGUUACUUGAAAGUUCACCCGAGAAGCCGGCCAUUGGUGCUUACUCCAAAAUCUGCUAUCCAUACAUGGAUGAGAGAAUUUGAGAAAUGGGGCAUUUCACUUCGUCUGCAUGUGCUUCACCAGACUGACAAAAGAGGCAAGCCAAUGGGGCCUAUUGAUCCUAGGCUGCAGGCAAUUUUAAGCAAUUUUCGCCGACCGAACUGGAAAAAUAUUUGCCUUGUGGAUCGGCUGGACAAGUUAUGCAAGUGGCAUGAGCAUCCAAGUGUUCUCCUCAUGACAUACUCAUCUUUCUUACGUCUGGCCAAAGAAAACUCAAGAAUGCCGCAGCAAGCAUUCAUGGCGCAAGUCCUGAUCAACAACCCUGGGCUGUUGAUCCUCGACGAGGGACACAACCCGAGGAGCAACAAAUCCAAGUUGAGGAGGGUGCUGAUGAAGGUGAAGACUGAGUUUAGAAUCCUCAUGUCUGGUACGGUCUUCCAGAAUAACUUUGAAGAAUAUUUCAACACCCUAUCUCUGGCCAGACCUCGGUUUGUCGACGAUGUUAUGACUGCGCUUGUCCCAGAAAGGAAGAAGGAGACAAGGGGCAGGAGAGCUAAACAUAGAGAAGCAGUGGCAAGGCGCAUCUUCGUGGACAGAGUUGGGCAGAUGAUCGAGUCCAGCGACAACUGGGACCGGGCAGGUGGUAUCAGUUUGUUAAACAAGCUUACAUGUGGGUUCAUCGAUUCAUUCGAAGGGUCAAAGCUAAGGAGCCUUCCAGGGAUACAUGUAUAUACAAUUUUCAUGAAACCCACUGAAAUUCAAGAGGAUAUACUUUCAAGAAUAUCGAUGGCCACGUCAUGCGGCGGCCGUUACCUUCUCGAGGUUGAGCUGCUCAUCACGAUUGCGUCUAUCCAUCCAUGGCUCAUAAAAACAAUCAAAUCUUGUAGCACUUACUUCACUCCAGAAGAAUUGCAUAAAGUUGACAAGUACAAGAGGGACUUUGCUGUCGGUUGCAAGGCGAAGUUUGUCAUCGAUCUGCUGCACAAGUCGUCGUACAGGGGGGAGAGGGUGCUGCUAUUCUGCCACAACGUGUCCCCGAUAAGCUUUCUUGUCGAGUUGAUCGAGAAUGUGUUCGGAUGGCGCCUCGGGGAGGAAGUCCUGGUGCUCCAAGGUGAUCAGGAGCUGCCCGUCCGCUCCGACGUCAUGGACAAAUUCAACACUGACAGUCAGGGUAAGAGGAAGGUGCUCAUUGCUUCGACGACAGCCUGCGCCGAGGGCAUCAGCUUGACAGGUGCAUCAAGGUUGGUCAUGCUGGAUUCAGAAUGGAACCACUCCAAGACCAGGCAGGCGAUCGCGCGGGCAUUCAGGCCUGGCCAGGAGAGGACCGUGUAUGUCUACCUUCUGGUGGCAUCUGGUACAUGGGAGGAGGAUAAGUACAGCCGCAACAGGAGGAAGGCUUGGAUGGCGAAGAUGGUCUUCCACGGACGCUAUUUUGAUGAUCCGCUACGGAACACGGUGACUGAUAUUGAUGAUGACCUUCUCGAGGAGCUUGCUGAUGAAGACAAGACCAAAACCUUCCAUAUGAUAGUUAAGCAGGACUGA